GAACGGUAACAUUUAUGUGCUUAACCCGCUCAAAAAGUAGACAGAGUGAGAAUUCUUCGUCUUUCUCAUGGCGCUGUGUGCAGCCGAGUCUUGGCGCAGGUUUGCACGGAGGUUUAUGACAACUGAUCUUCUUUAUCACUCUCUGAGAACGUCAGCAGUUACACGCUUAACUUCAUUUGCAUACUCAAAAGUUAGAUCCAGGACAGCCGGAAUGAAGAAGAAGCUGCUAGUGGACGUGGACUGCGGCGUGGACGACGCGCAGGCCAUCAUGUUGGCGCUGGCUGCCCCCAACGUGGACCUACUGGGGGUGACGUGCGUGCACGGGAACACCACCGUGGAAAACGUGUGCAGGAACGCGCUGCGCGUUCUGCAAGCUUGCGACAGGCUUGAGAUUCCAGUGUUCAAAGGCGCUGCCAAGCCCCUCCUCGGCCACACGAUUGACGCAAGUAACUUCCACGGGGUGGACGGCCUCGGCGACGCCCCUGACCCCCUCGCUCCCGGCGUGGACCAGGUGCAGGAGGAGGGCGCCGUGUCGGCCAUGAUCAGAAUUGUCAACGACAACCCGGGAGAGGUAUCCCUGGUUGCCACGGCGCCGCUCACCAACUUGGCCCUGGCCGUGAGGUUGGAUCCGUCCCUCCCGAGCAAGCUGCGGGGGCUCUACGUCAUGGGAGGCAACACCGAAUCUCGGGGGAACACCACCGUGUGCGGAGAGUUCAACUUCGUCGCCGAUCCGGAAGCGGCGUACAUCGUGCUGAACGAAUACCGGUGCCCCACCUACUUGGCGUGCUGGGAGUUUACCCUCUACAGCAAACUGUCCUGGGAGUUCUGCGACACCUGGCUAGCGCAGCCCACCCACAAAGCUCGCUUCAUGGCGCGCAUCUUCCGCCACAGCAUCGAGGUGCAGUCCGCGGGCGGCGGCGGCUUCGUCUCCUGCGACUCGUACGCCAUGGCCGCCGCCGUGGACGACGCGUUUGUCGUCGAGAGCGACCGCUACCCGGUCAGCGUGGAGCUGACGGGCACGCACACGCGGGGCAUGAUGGUGGUGGACACGUUGGGCCUGCUCAAGAAGACUCACGCGGCUGUCAUCAUGAAAAAGGUGGACAUGGACAAGUUUAAGGAAAUGAUGAUGGCCGCUUUGAAAUAGUUAAGAAAGCAUUGGGGACGACACCAUACGUCAUCUAUUUGAGGGGGUGCGUACUUAUGCAAGAAGGUUAUUGGUUUUUUUUAUUUUGUCCCCCCUUCCCCUCCCCGUAAAUAUUUCGUUUUUAUCAUCAUUUGAGUUGUUCGGAUGACAGGUCAACAGGCGCAAUUUGUCCACAAAGAACGAUAAACGCUCAAAGCAAAAAAUGCCUCCUCUUUUAUUUGCUUUGUUUUUAAGAAACAUUUUGCAUCAGAGUGCAGUGUUAAAUAUUUUGACAAAAUGUAUGUUUGUUAAAUAUUUGUUCAAAUAAAGAGGAGGAGGAGAAGCUUCA